UGUGUGCGUGUGUGUGUGUUCUGAACUGCCGCGAGCGCUAGUCAGGCUAGGCUGUCCUCUCGUCCCCACAGAGAAAGCAGCUCUGCUGGGUACCCGCUCCGACGCUCACCAGAACACCGGCUCUACUGCCACCGACAUGGAGAAGCGUUGCUCAGAGUGCCCUGAGCCCAGGCUUGCCCAGAGUCUGUGCACCUUCUGCAACAAGUGGCUCUGCUACCAAUGCACAGACAUGCACCAGCACCAGAGAGGCACAUCCCAGUGUCCAGACCUCCACCCUCACCCAACACGACCCAUGCCCGCCCCCCAGUGUCCAGACCUCCACCCUCACCCAACACGACCCAUGCCCGCCCCCCAGUGUCCAGGCCCCGACCUCCACCAGAGGGGCCCCAGCUCCCAGCCCCCACCUGAUCCAGGGGAGCACCACUCUCCGCCAGGGUCUGGCUCCUGUCCUCGCUCCCUCCUCAUGUGCCCAUCUCACAGACAGGAGCCCUUGGAAUUGUUCUGUGAGUCGUGUGACCUUCUGUGCUGCAGCAGCUGUCACCUGUCCUCUCACAAGAACCACAGGUUGGUGCAUGUUGGGAAGGCCUUGCAGGACCAGCAGUGGCUGUUUGAGAGUCUGAUGGCCCAGGUGGAAGAGAGGAGAGCUGCAGUCGAGAACUCAGCCAAGCAGAUCGAGGACAGGCUGCACAGUGUAAAGAUCACUCAGAGGAAGGCAGAGAACCAGAUUAAAAUGGCAAAGAUGAUUAUGAUGAAUGAGCUGAACAAACGGGCCAACCUAUUAAUAGAGCAACUAGAGAAGGUCUCGGAAGACUUCCAGCGGCGUCUGGAGGACCAACUGCAGGGGGCGAUAGAGAUGUGCGGCCAGCUGGAUCACGUGCAGAACUUUGUAACCUGGGCAACGGCUCACCACCGCAGGAACCCCCUGCUCUUCAGCAGAGAGCUGAUCUCUCUUCAGAUGCAGCGCCUGUUGGAGCCCACACAUCACCCAGACGCCUGGGUCCCUGUCAAGAUCAAGUUCAACUGGGAUGCCAGCUACUGGACCAAGCAGAUGUCAUCGUUAGGUCAGCUGUCCGUGGAGGGAGGCAGUCACUCCUACUCUGAGGGUGUGGCCUGUCCCAGUAUUCUUAGGCCUCAGCCUAUCACCUGCAUGGCCCUGCCCCCUGUGUGUCGUAGUGGGCGUGACCAGGGCUGUGCCUACCAGGCCUGUUACCAGCCCCAGAUGUGCUGCCUCCACUGCCUCCCCCCCCAGCCUGCCCUGCAGCCGGAGAAACCCCAGCGAGAAGCCGGCCUCUACCCUGCCAGGUGUGCCCAGUCCACCCUCAGCAGCCCCCCGCUGCUCCAGAGGUGCUGGGGUCCUGACAGCCCACCAUCCAUGCCUCCCUCCUCGCUGCAGUGCCCCCCUCCAUCGGCUGCAUCCCCUCCCUCGACCGCCGAGCCUGCAGCUCAGCUCAGCUCCAGGAAUGUCUCCCCGGCCCCGUCCCCUUCCACUGUGCCGCAGUCGGACUCCCCCCAGCCUUUGACGGAGCAUCCCCCAGACCGCCAGGCCCACACCCGGGUUCAAACCCAGCCCAAGACUCAGGCAUCUGCAGAGGGCACCAGGGAGGUUCAGGCCGAGAAAGCCAGCAGAGGCGAGCUCCACAGCCUGCCAGCAGGCGGGGAUAGAGAGCUGAUGGUGGAGGAGAACCAGGAGGAGAGCAGGGAGCCGGCAGCUGGACUCCCAGGGCUGGGAAGAGAGCUGGGGGACCAGACUCCCCCAGAGAGACAGCAGGCUGGGCUGCAGGAGCCCAGACCUCCACAGCAGCCCAGAGACUACAGGACACACCUGGAGAGAGAUGGCAGGAGAUCCACCUCACUGGAGAUGUCAGUGCUGAUGGCCCAUGGCUCUGGGGAUAACAUGCAGAGCAGACCAGGAUCCAGCCCCAGCCCCGGCCCUAGCCUCGGCCCCAGCCCCGGCCCCAGCCUCAGCCCCAGCCUCAGCUUGGUGUGUGGGAAGAGGAAGAUCCGCUCCCAGAGCACCCCGGCAGAUCUGUCAGGCCGCUCCAGCACCCUCUCCACAGACAGGCCUCCGGGGUCCACCCACGGCCCGCGAACGUCAACAGCAGAUCGGGCACGCCUGUCGGACCAGGUACUCCCUUUCAUGACGUUUGGGUACGGGGACCCCCGACCAAGUAGGGUGUCUGAUGGAGUGAUCCGCUCUGUUGGCAAGGAAACGGGCCGAGCCCCGCCCCUCUCCAGAGGCCAGCCUCCCCUGCGUCUGUCCCCUCUGACCUCCUACAAGACGGAGCCAGAUAAUGUGUAUGCCUAUGCCAAUGAAGAGACCGGAUAUGAGAUCAAAGAAAAAUACAGGAUAUCAAGGAGAAGCCUAGAUAGCAGAAGUGAGCAGGAAGCCCCGAGGGAUUCUGGGAGCCCGAAGGUUCCGGUAGUGUGCUUGGAACGGCUCAAAGUCCUGGUGUCACGACUCCCACCACAGGGGCGGCGCCAGAGUGACCCUCUCCCUGCUAGUGGGAUGGAUAGUAGUGGGCCUGCCCUGGCUCCGAGGGCGUGGAGGGAACGCCUGGCCCAGGGAAUGUCCAAGCGAGGGCCCAUGAGGGCUAACCUGUCCCUUUUAACCCCGCCUUACACCCAGAACCACACCCCCAGCCAGCCUCUCACACCCCCAGCCACUGCUGCAUCCAGAGACGCUGGGAGACGCAGUCCCACUCAUGAACAUCCAUCAACCCUGUCCACCGAUCCUGAACCCUCACCUCCACUGUGCCCCUCUCCUGACCUUGACACAGACUCAGACCCCAGGUCAGUGUCAGAGAUUGAAGCAGAUUCAGAGCCUGAUGCUGAAUCGGACCCACAGCCAGAGUCUUCCUCCGAGGCCAACCAGGAGUCCGUGGCUGGGGAGGACCUGGAGGCCGCUGGAGGGUCGGAGGCAGAUGGAGACUCUGAAGGAGCUGGGGGCUCAGGGCCCAGUGGAGAAUCUGAACCUGUUGAGAUGGGAGAGGAGCUGGACGCCGAUGUCGAAACAGACGCCGAUGCCGAAUCUGACCUCCAGCUGGACCCUGAUCCUGGUCUCCAGUCUGACCCGCGUCCAGAAACAGACUCCGAGGACAUGGAGUCUGACCUGCCCCCGGAGUCACAGAGCUCUCGAGAGGGUGGGCCAGACCUGGAGUCACAGAGCUCUCGAGAGGGUGGGCCAGACCUGGAGUCACAGAGCUCUGCAGAGGGUGGGCCAGACCUGGAGUCACAGAGCUCUCGAGAGGGUGGGCCAGACCUGGAGUCACAGAGCUCUGCAGAGGGUGGGCCAGACCUGGAGUCACAGAGCUCUCGAGAGGGUGGGCCAGACCUGGAGUCACAGAGCUCUGCAGAGGGUGGGCCAGACCUGGAGUCAGACCCAGACUCCUCCACAGCCGAUCCAGUCCCACUAGGCUCCGGUCCGGCUCGGAAGUCCCCGAUAUGUCCAGGCCAGAGGGCCCAGGGUUCAGACCCUGGUUCUGAAGGGGCUGGAGAGGCCCUGCCUGGGGCUGAUCCAGAGGAAAUGGAGAGUGAGGACUUCUGUGCUGUGUGUCUGAUUGGGGGGGACCUGCUGUGCUGUGACCGCUGUCCCAAGGUCUUCCACCUGACCUGCCACGUCCCCUCUCUUCUCAGCUUCCCCACGGGCGACUGGAUGUGUACGCUGUGCAGAGACAUCCAGCAGCCAGAGGUGGAGUAUGACUGUGAGAACCAGAGGCUUUCCGGGGAACAGACAGGGAAGGCUGGACAGCAACACGGUCUGAAGGCAUCCGACCAGAGAAAAUGUGAGAGGCUCACUCUGUUGAUCUUCAGCAACAUCCUCAGUGCUCCCUUCCACGAGCCAGUUAGUCCGUUGGCUCGGCACUACUACCAGAUCAUCAAGCGGCCCAUGGACCUGUCUGUGAUCCGAGCCAAGCUGAGCAAGGGCAACACCCGUCACUACUACUCCCCAGAGGAGUUUGUAGCCGAUGUCACCCUCAUGUUCAGGAACUGCGCCAAGUUCAACUAUCCGGACUCUGAGGUGGCCCAGGCAGGCCGCAGCCUGGAGUCUUUCUUCAGCUCCAAGCUGAGGGAGGUGUAUCCUGACAGAGCCUUCCCCGUCGCCGAGGAGGACUCUGACAGUGACGAGUACGACGAGGUGGCCAGAAGCGCUGACGGCGGCUUCCCUUGGCCCGAGAAGAGGGAGCAGGGCCACAGGAAGAGGAAGAGGAGGCACUCUCUCAACUGGAGGAGGCACCACUUCUGAUUGGAAGACUGAGGCGACACCAAAACAAGCCUAUUCGAAGAUGGUAUGAAUCUUUAGAUUAUUGCACUGGGGGUUUCCAUCUGCCAUCUGUUUGGGGAAGCAAAGUGUUUUUAUAGGGGAUUGUACAGUAUGAUUUUUCAUUUUGUAAAAAACAACUUACACUUACUCUGGUCCUAGAUAAGGAAUGUGUUAGUAUACAUGUAUUACUAUUACAGUUGUCAGACAUGUAUGCUUUUAUGAAUUGGAUUUCUGGUCUUUGACGAAAUGUAUUUGUAGAUUUUGCCUAAAACUUCCACUAUAUCUUGCACUUGGGAAGUAUAAAAUCAAUAUUGGUAAAUGUUACUGGUAAGCCUAUUUAUACGUUAAACUAUAUAAUAUUUUAUUUUAUAUAUUUAUAUUGAGCAAACCAUUUUAGUGCCAUCAGUAAAUACAUAUUUAUCAAAUGUAUAUACAUAUGUUUUCCUGCCUGUCCCUGUACGGUAACCCCCUGCAGGCUCCUUACUAAAUGGUAAUAAUGUUUUUGACUGAAAGAGGGCGCUCUUUCCUAAGUGCACAAACAGCACACAAGGAAAUUGUGAAGUUCAUAUUGAACAAGGGGACUACAACAGGAGUAUUGAAACAUGUGUUUAUUAUGCAUAAACAAUGCCAUUUACUGGAUUUAUCAAGUUAAAUGUGCUGUAAGAAUGUUAUCAUGGUUACAUGCUACUUUAGAUUUGCAUUUGCAUAUACCCAAUGAACUAUUUUUUGUUAAUGUGAUUAAGUUUAGGCAAUGCCAUUUUUCAGUACCAUGGCUGUCUCUCAUGCGGGCUUACGUAAUAUAAUUACUUAUUUAGUGCCCAUACACCAUUGCUACUUGUUGUAGCUGAGACAUAGUGAAUACAGUUUGUACUAAUGUAACGUCUUUAUUAUUUUCAGUUAUUAUGUAGACUUUGCUGUACAUUUCUCUGAAUGAAAAAUGAUUUCUACUGGCUUUACUUCCUGCAAAUAAUAAUAACAUAUGUGCACUUUGUUUAAAACUCAAUUGAUGUUUGGCUUAACAACCUGUAAUAUUUCUUGACUAAAGGUUGAUGAUAUUAAUUCCCAAUGGUAUUUAAUUCU